CUGUCUGCACUAUAUGUAUGAUAUAACGAACUCCUCUAAAAGCAUAUAGAUUUAUCUAAUCCGUGGUUGUUGCUGAUGUGGCGCCUUGUAAAUAACUGGUCGUUUAAGGUUUAAGAAUGGAUGGAACUCUUAUCAUUUGGCGAAAGACAUCGGAUGGCGUACAUCAAUAUCCCGCCAUCCCCUGUAUCACGAUCAGCGGGAUUCUCAUUAACACGAACGAUUAUCGAUCAUCGCGAUUUCUCCCGCGAUGAUGUAUUCAGCCAUCGAUAAGAUACGUCGCACAUGGCGGUUAGGAUUCUGCUGAAACGUUCCCCAAGGCAAGAUGUUCAAGGCACGGGGGCGCGUCGAAUGAUAUCAUUCUGUGCCGGCAGGAAAUCGAAACCACGCUACUCCAAUAACCAUGAUGGGUGGACCGGCAUUUGUCCGGCCCCCUGCAGCCUUUGGAUUCGCAGGGUGAGCCGUAGGGCUGGGUGGCGGCCCACCAGAUCCAUGCUGCAUUCCAUCCAUACCCCUAUUCCCUCGCUGGUACUAGGGCGCCUCCGUAGUCUGAUAUCGAUUCUUUUUCUUUGUUUGGGGCCUCCGGUAGUGUGGUACGAAGUGUUGGGGACCAGGUACUUCGUCCCACGUUCCACUCAACCGUGCAGAAAUAGAAAUAGAAGUACUAUAGUGAUAGCAGUCGAAGCUGAAGCCCAGGCCGACCGGGCCUUCGUUUUGGCUCGCCAAGAACUCAGUUCAGGCAACAGAAUAACACCCGGACAAAGGGAAGGCGGAAAGGCAAACCAAAAGCGCCUGAAGGGCAAGGGCGCAAGGCGAGAGCGCCCAAGAUUGGGUUGAACGAGAAGCCGGCGCGAAAUACCCUUACUUAGUGAAUGCUCAGUUGUGUAACUGACCGAACUGAACCUGCACCGCCUCGGUGACAGCAUACUACUACUUAGUUAGGCGGCAUGAUUCGCGAUCAUCCGUUUUUGUCGGCCACCAGCCACGAACCGGAG